UGGCACGUCAAUCAUGACAGAAUGUGACAUUCAGAUUGUUAUUGUACGAAGUAAAACUGAAUGAAAAGUUAACGAAAUUAUUGAUUUAGAACGAAUUGCUGUUUAUGUUUAACGAAAAUUUUUAUUGAUUCUAUUUGUGCCUGCUACAAUGUUUCGUAACAAAUUAAGAUCUUCUGUUAUUUGUACAAGUCGUGACUUUCAGAGAUGUAAACAUACAAGUAAACUAGAUGCCAUUCGAGAGAAAAUACGUGAUGGUCCCAGCUUCGCCGAUUUCGUGUCUGAAGACCGCCCGAAAGAUUGGGAGGAUUAUGAGGGCAAGCUGAAGAGAGAAAAGGGAGAGGCUGAGCGACUGAGACUACCUCCAUGGUUGAAGACUACCAUACCUACUGGAGCUAAAUUCAGUGAAGUAAAGAAACAACUGAGGGAAUUGAAACUGAGCACAGUGUGUGAAGAGGCUCGCUGUCCUAACAUCGGAGAGUGCUGGAGUGGAGGCAAGCAUGGCACCUCUACUGCUACUAUAAUGCUAAUGGGAGACACAUGCACUCGCGGCUGCAUGUUCUGCUCGGUGAAGACGUCCCGUCGCCCUCCGCCCCUGGACCCGGAGGAGCCGCGCAACACCGCCCGAGCUAUCAACCAGUGGGGGCUCGGGUAUAUCGUGCUCACCUCCGUCGAUAGAGAUGAUUUACCUGAUGGUGGUUCAGCACAUUUUGCUGAAACUGUUCGAGAAAUCAAAAGACAGAACAAGGAGAUCCUAGUAGAAUGUUUAGUGCCAGACUUCAGAGCGAACCGCGAGUGUAUCGCGACGAUAGCGGACUGCGGGCUCGACGUGUUCGCGCACAACAUCGAGACUGUCGAGCGACUCACGCCAUUCGUCAGAGAUCCCAGGGCUGGAUACCGCCAAACCCUGAAAGUGUUGCAGACGGCCAAAGAAGUAAAUCCUGACUUGAUCACCAAGUCCUCCAUCAUGUUGGGACUUGGGGAAACUGAUGAGCAAGUGGAACAAACCAUGAGAGAUCUCCGCGAAGCCGGCGUCGACUGCCUCACUCUAGGCCAAUACAUGCAGCCCACCAAACGUCACCUCAAAGUGUUUGAAUACGUCACUCCGGCCAAGUUCAAACAUUGGGAGGACCGAGGCAACGAGCUCGGGUUCCUCUACACAGCCAGUGGACCUCUCGUCAGGUCCUCAUAUAGGGCAGGAGAGUUCUUCAUCACCAGUCUACUGAAAGACAGGAAGGCUAAAAGCAUCUGACCUCAAGAUUAGUACAAAGACCCGAAGAGUUGUGAUAAAAAGCUAGUUUUGUAUUUUUAGACGAUUUUAGAAGUGGUGUUUAGCAGUGGUGUAGCCAUAAUAAACCUUAUCGUAUCAACUUUAGAGUGCAAUUUUGCAGUUCCACCGGACACGGGAUUCAAUUCUGUCUAACUUGCACAAAGACAUGUUUUUCUUGAUUGUAGAUAGUAAUAACACUUGACGCUUUUGUUGAUAAAGUUGAUUGACAACCAGUUUUAAUAUCAGCUAAAACGAAUCUGUAGCCGUUAAAUAGCAAUGCAUGUAUUGACGACUUUAUGUUGACUUAAAUAUAUGAUUGACCAAUGAAGCAAAUAAGACGGUUUUUAAAAUAGCAUAUUUUGAUACGCGUUACGCGCGCGCCAAUCUUAAAAAGUCGCGGAAAAUCAUCAUAAUUCUUUUUAAAUCAAAAUAUUAUUAAAAGCCAUUUAAUUAUUGCGAGUUUUUAAUACACGUUUAUACCACUGCGUUGUGCACCUAAUGUUGUAGAAUAUUGUAAUGUAUAUAAUGGAUCUGUAUGUCGCUAGUAAAUCACUCAAAGCUAUUUAUUAUGAAACUUGCUUUUUGUUUUUGUUACUUGUUAAUAAAUAAAUUAUAUCAAUUGUUUAAUAA